AUCUGUAGGUUCUGUUUAGGUGCUUAAAGUCUUUUUUCCAAGUGCAAUGGAGUUGAGCGUAGAGUCCGGAACAGAGCUUUUCUCCUUGAUGGAAGAUGAAGGUGCUCUCGGUCAACUGAAGACCCCAAACAUUGCCGUAGAGAAUGAUGGCCGUACCAUCUCAGUGCAAGUACUGGAAUUUAAAACAAGUCUCCUGGAGGCGGUUGAGGAGUUGUAUAUUCACAGGGAUGCUGAAACAAGAUACGAGAAGCAGAUUUGUAAACUUGUGCUGGAGAAACAGGAGUUAGAAUGGCAAAAGGAGAACUUACAGAGUCAGAAUUCUAAAAUGUCAACUGAAAAUUCAGAAUCACUUGCUGCUGUAAAAAAACAGUUUCAGGCCCAAAUCCAAAGAAUUGAGGGAGAAAAGGGUAAAAACCAGCUGGCUGCUGAACUGAAAGACAAAGAGAUCAUCAGCCUCAAGGAAGAACUAAAACUGCUGCAGUUGCUCAGGUACAGUUUGGAGAAGAAAUUAAGCGAGCUGGAGCAAAAGUUGCAGCUGCAGACACAAACCAAAGACAGCCACCUGAAUCAGUUGGGAGAGGUGGAGAGGCGUUUCGCCACCCUGUCCAGACAGUGUGCCAUGGUCAAACAUGCCCAUGAGAAACUUGAACAAAAUGUUGAAGAGGCCAUGCGAAUUAAUAAAAAACUCACAUCCAUCAAUGAGAAACAAGAAUCAACGAUUAAAGCCUUAAAAGAGGAUUUGGAGAGACUCAACAAAGAGCUGGUUACAUUCAAAGUGUCAUCGGUCUGCAGACCUGGAGAGGAACGUUUACAGAAUGUUCUAAAAGAACAAGAGUUUCAACAACUUCAGCAGAGACUCUUUGUGGAAACAGAACUUAACAAAAAACUGAGAAAUGAGACCGCCACAGAGAGGGCAGAGAAGCAGGAGGUAUUGAGAUCCCUCCAGCACAAUCAGAGAUUGCUGCAGACACAGACAGAAGCUCUGAGCCGAGCAGAGCAGGAGCUCCGCACACUCCAUGAGGAAUAUCAGAUCCUUAAAACAGAACAUGAAUUGAACCAAGAGAGGACUAAAGAAAGAGACAACACCAUUGCUCGUCUGAGAGAUGAAUACCAAAAUUCUGAACUAAUUUGGAAAAAAGAGAUUCUGCAAUUGCAAAUGUCGACGGAGGCAAAUCAAGAAGAGCUGAUAGUGGUAAAACAGGCAUAUGAUCAACUCCAGGAACAACACAAAGCGCUGUCUAUCUCUGCAGUCCAUGAGGUCAAAGACCUUCAUAACUCUGAGAUUGCCCUAAAAGAUCAAGAACAUUCUCUUGGUACAACAUCUAACGAGAUUAACCUUGUGAAGGUGAGCAGUCUCCAUAAAGAUCUUGAGGACAGUCUUAUUAGUCCUCAUGAUAACCGUGAACCAACAAGUCACCCUGAUAAAGACAUACCAGAUGAAAGUAUUGAGUCUCAGAAGGAUAGAAAGGAUGGCCACUCUGAUAACAACAAGGAACUUGAUAUUUUCAUGCAGGUGGAUAGAAUAGUACCUGUGCUCUCGCCAUCGGUUUCAACUGAUGGGUCUGAUAACAUCUCAAGACCUGAGGAAGUUAAUCUCAAGAUGAGUCAACUGUCAAAGUUGCGGGAUGAAACAAAAACGGGUGUCAGUGAAAGUGAGCCAGUCUGCAACACAGUUGAUAAAGGAAACCCCUCAAACCCAGCCCAAAGUGACACAGACAGUCAUCUCGCUGAGCUAUCAGGGCCUGAAACCAGGUCUGUUUAUGGCGUAGACGGCGACCCUUUGGCUUUGGAACCGAAAGAAAGACCGCUGGAGCAGAAUCUGUGUAUUUCUGAAGUGACUGAAUCCCAGACAUCAGAUAAACACAUGGACAGCCAGGGAUAUGCUAAAUCUCUGUCUAAAGAAUACAAAGACCACCAGACUGCCAUACCUGAAUUUAUCCACAGUUUUUCACAAAAGGAAAGUCAAACAACUGCAGAGAGACUUUCAGAAGAAAAAACUGCAAAUUCAAAUACACAAGACACAUUUGUCUUUUACGACAAAACGGAAAGUUCAGAGGAUUUGAUUGCCGCCCAGCCAAGUCUAUGCCACAAAACUGUCUAUGAGGAGCCUGAACCCACUUUUGAUAGUGCAAGUGCCACAACAUCUUUAGAUACACAACUUGAUGAGUCCAAAGAUCAGUUCUCACCACCUGAAUUGUUCUGUGAACCUUUGCAAAGCCGGGUUUCCCAAGCUGAUGACUCAACUGAAACAAGCCUCUAUAAUGUGGUCAGUGAAGUGGAAACCAAACAGUUGCCUCUUGUUGAUCAGACAAUUUCAGUGACUGCAGUUGACACAGUGGAGGUCAUAUCAGAAAAUAAUGCUCAAAAAGAGGAUGGGACUUUUCUUUCACAACCAUUGAAAGCGCAACAUAUUGAACUGGGUGUUUCUUCUGAAGAAGUCAAGAUCACAAACCCUGACCAAGAUCCUUCUUCUCCUGGGUCUACAACAGAAAGUGACCAAUCAGAUGUUGACCAGAAGAGCAUUUCAAUGGGAGAUACUUCAAACCAUUCUGGAAAUAGUAUAUAUCAGUCAUCCUUUGCAUGGGAGACUUUUAUUAAAGGGAAAAAGAAGCCACAUCCAACAUCCUCAAAAACUGAGCGGUGGUCCUCAGGAUUUCAAGAGCUUUCUCCAUUAUGUGCUCCCCUUUUUAUGAAGGAUAAAUUGGCAAAAAGAGCCGUAAUGAAGACACCUGGCAAAUCGGAAACUCCAAGCAAUCGUCCCCACCAAAAGAACGACUGUCAAGGAGAGUGGAAUGCAAUCAAGCAGUCUUUUUCGGAAAUGUUACUGGAGAAAGAGAAUCAAGUUCUUAUCUCCUACAGCUCAUCUCCGAGUGGCAGUCCAGUCUCUUCUUCUGUGGGUAAUGGGCUGCGACAAGACUGCACUCCUACAGUUCCUCCUCCCAAACUCCUGAGCCUGGAGAAACAAACCUGGCCUAUGGCAUCUAGUUCUGAAGAAAAAGAGGAACGGAAACAAUCUGACAUAAUGGCCCAAAUUGCCAAAAUCGAGGAAUUUAUGUCAUCCGAAGGUUUGACGCCUCAAAAAAGACGCAAAAUUGAUUGAUAUGGAUUAGAAAGGAAUACGUUGGUAAUGUUGCUGUUGUAUUCAAAUGUUUCAAAUGUGUUUGCUUAGAUAUAUUUAAUACCCUCCAUAUGAUUUAAUACAGUCAAUAUUGAUUUCCAAAUAAUUUAACUGAAUAAAUGUUCAUUAUUGCAAA